GUUCCCUGGGUCAGGAGGAGAAAGCGAUGAACAUCAGAAGCCUGGAAAGGGCUGGGAGGGCUGGGAAGCAGGAUGGGGUGGAGGUGAGCCUGGGACAAGAUGAAGCGGUGCCGAACUGCGUCUCCACCCCCGACAGUAACAGACAGGUGACCAUGGGCCACCACACGGAGCAUCGCUGGGUCUCUCCGAUGCCCCUGCAAUGGAAGAUUACACAUAGCUCUCGCUGGAUAUCGCAGGUGUUGGCCUCAGAGCUCAGCCUGAUCGCCUUCAUCUUGCUGCUGGUCAUGGUCUUCUCCAAGAAAUGGCUGUACCUCUCGAGGAUCCGUUUCUACCAGCACUGGCCCCUGAAUGUUAGCACCAAAAUCGACACAUCAGUUCACAUGAUGUCCCUGGGGCUCCUGCAGAUCUGCAAAUCCAAGAGCUGUUCCAACUCAGAGAAUGGGAAAGCAUUUAGCACUCUCUAUCACGACCAGUGA